AAGACCCCCUCACUCUCUCCUCCCAACAUAUCUCGGAGUAGAAGCAUAACAAAAUUUUGAAAUCCGGUCAAGACCAGCCAGGCCAGGCUCAUGCUUCGCAGUAAAAGGGAAGAACCCUGAGGCAAUUUCGAAAACAGACAGUUGCCGGAUUAGAAAGGCUAGUAGACUGAAAAGGUUCCGAAAGCUUUAAAUGCCCCCAUUAAUGGCAGACUCUGACGGGAGCUCGCCCGCUGCCACUCCUUGGCCUCUGGCUUUGCUUUGGAACCCCUCACUUCCUUCCCUUUGCCCGACUCCUCAUUCUUAUCGCUGGAAGCCUGCCCCUGCUCCAUUCGAAAUCGCGCUCCCGUUGAAAUUAAUUUAAAAAAAGGUUAGCGGGAGAUCAAGUUUCUUUCGCAAAAGAACCGCCUUGGAGAAGAAAAGAAGAUGCCGAACUGAGAAUUUGGUUUCAGGGAUGUAUAAGAACCAGCUGCAGGAGCUAGCGCAGAGGAGCUGCUUCAAUCUGCCGUCUUACGCCUGCGUGAGAGAAGGCCCAGACCAUGCGCCUCGGUUCACAGCUUUCGUCAACUUUAAUGGCGAGAUCUUCCAAGGCCCAAGCCACUGCACCACGCUUCGUCAGGCAGAGCACGCCGCCGCGGAGGUUGCCCUCACUAAUCUAUCAUCAAGAGCCCCUUCUCGCUCCCUCGCAGCUCGGGUCCUGGAUGAGACGGGGGUGUACAAGAACCUCCUCCAGGAGACGACCCACAGAGCUGGGCUGAACCUGCCGGUGUACACGACUGUGAGGUCCGGCCCUGGCCACCAGCCUGUUUUCACGUCCACUGUGGAACUCGCUGGUAUGUGUAUCUCUGGCGAGCCUGCGAAGACCAAGAAACAAGCAGAGAAGAACGCAGCCAUGGUCGCUUGGUCCGCCUUGAAGCAAAUGCCUGAUUUAGAAUCCUUGUCUUGGUCGAGGGAUACGAGUGCGGGUGGCGGAGGAGGUGGAGGAGAAGAGCAGGAACAGGUAGUGAGAUAUCUUCAAAACAUAAAACCCAAGGAAGAGAACAGGCAUGCGAGGCAGAGGGAGCAUUGCCAGCAGCAACAACAGAAGCCGAAGAAAAAGUUAGUCGGUUUCAAUGAUGGAACCUCCUCCAUUUCUUCACCUCAUCGAUCCGUUAAUUUCCAGCAACAAUGGAGAUCCCUCGAUCCCUUUGCUGACUUCACUUCGAUCCAUUCUUCUCCGCAGCAGCAAAAAAAACGUUCUUUUUUAGCUCCACUCCAUCCCACAGGACGAAAACUCGUGUCCCCAUUGCAGUUCACUUCAAAUUCCUCUGCAUCUUCUCAGGAGCCUUUCUCCUCAAGUGGUACGAUUAACAGCUCUAUAAUCCUCCCAACCGCUCGUCCCGUUCCAUCUAUUGCUGGAAAUACCUCCUCCCAGUCUAGAUCACAAGAAACCCAAACUCUCUCUGAUGGAAAAAACCCAGAGCGAUUAUAUGAGAAGGCUAUUCAAGGAAAGCCUUCCUCUUCUUCUGUUCUAUCAAAUUCUUAUGCAGAUCCAAACACUUUAGUCCAUGCUGGACGGGCAUUCAGCCCUCCCCCCAUCAAAAUUUCGAAAGGGGAAGACCCACAGAGAACCUCUUCAACAAUCCCUGUUCCCAAAAUAAUGAACACGGGUGGAUUCCAUACCCAUGGCAUUGCUCCAGCAGUUCAAAUCCGGUCGGUGAUCCCGGUCUGUUCUGCCCCGCCUACCCGGCAACCACAGCAGUCACCGGUGACAAACACCCUCCCCUCUUUAGUCCCAAACAAAGAAACAGAGAGCGCAAUUUCAGGAACCAUUCCAAAACUCAACAAUCUGCAGCUCUGAGCAAAAAAGAGUCUUUCAAUCUCUUAUACUAUUGUCGUGUUAAUCUUCUACAAAUCAUCCAAGUCCUUCAAUUUAUGCUUGUGAGCUCCCUUGAGAACUUUGACUUUUGUGCUUCUCUCAUCUCCAAUGGAGUCUUGUUUCAUUUUGGUUUAUAUAUCAAUUUUGCUGCCACUUCUUCAUGAGCCGCCCAAGCAUCUAUUAGUCUGCAGAUGAAUUAGAGGCUAAGAGGCAAGAGCACCAUUGCAAACUUCAUUGAAAUGCUUUAUCCAAUUUGUUGCCCGUUUCUUAUGAUACAUAAUCUAUGUUUCUUGGUUGAGUUCUGUAUAAAUUCUUAAUUAAUCGUUAGCUAAACUCUUAGAAAAUUGCAGAAAUUCCAGGUGUUCUUUCUCUGUUGCUCCUCAAAGUCCCCAAAUCCGCAAGAUUUGAGAAGGAAAACAACAGCCAUGGCUGUGUAGAACACAACCGUGCACUUGUGCUGCUGUUCAUGACUGAAAUGAACAAGCUUUGCAAUGCCAUUAAUUGUUAUCUGAGCAGGAAGCCUCAGGGAAGCUAUUGGCCAUGGUGAUGGCCCUGUGUAACGGAUGGGUGCAUUCAAUGCUGCGUUCGGGGGUUGGGUUGAGAGAGAAAGUAUGAGGUAAGAAAACAAUGCAGUGUGGAGCAUAGCUUUUAAGUUUGUGGCCAGUCAUUCAAUGGUGUCUGUCCAAUCCAUUAAUGCCGAUUUCAGUAUGGCUGCUUUUAAUAAUUUUAGGUAGCCAUAUCGAUGUCAGAGAAAGCUCUCAGUCUUCACUCUGCUGAUUAAUGGUUAUUAAAGGCUACUAACAUGGCGUAGUAAAUUAGUUAUCAAUUUUCAGUAUUAUAUGAGAAAGUAUAUAAAAAAUUUGAGAAUUUGGUCGGUAUUACUUUAUGA